AUGGAGGGACAAAGACCUUCCACCGUCUUCCUCGUCAUCGCCAUCAUCAUGGCCGUCCUCAUCUUUCUCAACAUCCUCAUCGGCAUCGCCUACCUGCUCAUCCCCAAGGACUGCAUCCGCUGCGGCCCCGACGGCCAGCCUCCUCGCCGUCCCCUGACCAGCCUUGCCCCCGCGUACAGUCUUCGCUCCAUCUUUGUUUCUGGCUCCCGCGGUCGGCGCGUCGCCAUCAUCAACGGCUUCGUCGAGGUGGAUGAUGACUUUGAUGCUUGGGCGUACUGGGCGACGGACUCGGAAGAAACGCUCAGGGGAAUUCCCGCCCACUCGCAGUCUCAGCCUCAGGGUCAGAAUCAAGUUCAAUCUCAGCAGUACCCCUACGGUCUUCACAGGGAUGCAGGUGCAGGCAUAGUCAGCACCAGAGCAUCUGCCGCCGGAUACGGCUACCAGCACCACGACCAACGCAUGGGGAUUCCUCUCGAAGGCACCGUCGCCAGAGUCCCUGAUCACAGAACCAGUGGCGGAUUUGCCUUUACCGAGUACGACUUUGAGCCGGCCAUGGAGUACGCUGCUGAGCGAGCUACGCCGCUUCGUUCCCACCCUCUUGCUCGUGGUAAUGAGAUUGACAUCGGUCAACUCCCGCAGACGCCUACGCCCACGGUGCGUACAUGGGGAAGAGACAGCGACGCUACCAUUCGAGCUGUCGUGGAGAAUCCCCGGAUGAGCGUUGGUGGCUCGAGGCCCAAGAGUUACCGCUCUGAGGGACAAGCUUCGAACGAUCCUGGCCGUCAGGGUUACUAA